CUCUCAUUUUCAAAAUGGCUGACAAAUCUACUGAAGAGAACACGAUAAAAAUCGGCGAGUUGCCUAUUUACUCCACUCCUGUGACACAAGUAGAAUAUAAGUUCGUUCCAGAGGAAGUGGGUGCGUUCCAACAAGGAGUAUCAGAAGUUCGCAAGUCAGUCUGGACUUAUUUAGAAUCCAUACAGGAAACGACUGAUACAUUAAAACGAAAAUGGAAUGUUUCGAAAGCACAUACAAAUGAAAUGAUCCACUAUAUACAAGAUGAUCCAGCUAUUUUACCCCGAGUUAGUGUUAUAACAGUUGCAGGAUUGGGGGGAAUCAUUGCAGGAAGCAGAGGAGGAAUAUUAAGGAAGAUAUUGUUCAGUGGUACAGCCAUUACAGCUGCAGCUGCUUUAUGUUACCCCCGUGAAGCUAUAGCUCUAUCUAAUGAGGUCUAUGAUAUAGGAUAUAAUGCUGUCAAACCAUUAUGGGAAAGUGCCGUUGAUAAAAGUGAAGAAGCUGUAAACAAAAUUAAAAAAUCUGAUGGUAAUAAUAGCUCUCAAAAGGCUCAAUAUUCCUCAAGAUUUAUUUCUGAAAUGCCAUCUUUUAGCUAA